AUGUUGGAUGUAGUGGGAGAAAGUCAGCAGAAUUCACAGUCUAAUGCAAUGCCUUCACUAUGUUGUCCUGAGUGUGAAUAUUACACCGCGUCAUCCUUUGAACUUCGGAAACAUAUUAUGGUUUUUCACCUAGAUAUGUCAAGUCAUCCCUUUGAGCUGCACAUUUUUACGUGUUCCACUUGUGGUGCAUCAUCAACCAACCAGGUUCAAAUAAAAGAUCAUCUUCAAAUCUUUCAUUCUACAGACCUUAAGCCGACGAUCAUGGCACAGCGUAUUGUAUUAGGUACAUCUGAUACUGAUGACUUUCACUGUUCAAGUGAAUCAGAUGAUGAAUGUGAAGAAAACACUGUUCCUGAAAGAAAAGAAUCUAACACAACGUGCCCACCAUCUACGCACUCUGAUGAAAAACAAUUCACCGAGAUGACAUCCAGUACGUCGCCUUCUCAUCAAACAACUGAAAUUGUAUCUUCAGAUUCUAAUCCAAAGUUGUCUCCUUUAAAAUCUGAUAAAAGUGUUACUGGCAAACAGCCUCGUGUGAUUUGGCAAGACUGGUCGAAGUUGAUCGCGCGAUCUGAUAAGAAGUUCAUCUGCUUAGUUUGCAAACGUUUUAUCUACAGUGGUCGUACGGAGGUGGUUUUCCAUGCUGUUACAAGGCAUCUACUUGCAAAAGAAAUUGAAAAUGAUUUAUCACAAUAUGGACGAUUGUCAGAACAAAUAAAAAGGCAAAUAGGUCGAUAUUUUGCUGAUGGUAUGCGUAUCCGUUCAGGUGUUCACUAUAAAGAUGCUAAACGUGUAGAAGCUGCUCUUUUUCGUUCCAUUGAAUUACAUCUGCGUUAUCAACCAGUAUCUACUAGUGAAAAUAGUCGAGAAAAGGCAACCAGUUUCAUUUGUUCUGGUUGUAAAACUAGUUUUAAUGAAUUACAGGUCGCUUCUGCACAUGUCAAUGAUGAGUUACGUGCUUCUCUUCCAGAGUUUAUGCGUGCUCGUUCCUGUCCCUGGUCACUCAGUACACGAGAAGAAUGGGUAUGGAUUGUUCCUGAUUUCCCGGUUAAACCGUUACCUCCGAAAUCAGAAAUUACUGAUUGUAGCACCAAUAGUGAAUCUGAUACUCCUAGAGUAGUUAAUCUUCCUGAUACACAAACACCUGUAACCCUCAGUGAUCGUAUCUAUAAAAUAGAACCACCGGAGAAUAAUUUACCACAAACACUUAGAAUAAACACCAGUACAAUUACUCCUGCUAUGACUAUUACUGUUGCAAAUAGUAGCAAUACUAUCAAUCGAAUUGACGGUACGCCUGAAUGCAUCACUAUACCAACUAUUUCACCGUGUUCUUUAAAAACUGUCUCUGGUUUUCUUCCAGUCCCGAUUAUGUCUAUUCAUCCCGGUUCUACGUUCAGUUUCACUAGUCCAACGCUUGAAUUCACUUCACAAACCUUACAGCCUAGUCAUCAAUCAAUUAUACCUAUCAGUUGUAUAUUGACCACUAAUCCGUUAUCUUAA